GGCAAUCCCUGCUCCACCGGAGGAGGCCAUCCAAUUGCUAAGCAACCCACUGUUGGCCAAUCAGAGAGCUAGGAGGUGAUGUCAUGGCGAGAGCCCAGCAGUGGUGCUGAUGUUGAGAAGCCCUGGGUACCACUAAUUGAGGGAGUGAGAAGAGAGCAGCUCGCUUUGGAACCGGGACGUCAGGGUUGUCAGUGUCCUGAGUUGGUGAUCAAUACUCUCUGUGGCUCUCAGUCAGAUCUCCUUACCAGAUCCCAGCAAACAUGACCCUCGCAGCCUACAAAGAGAAGAUGAAGGAGCUCCCACUGGUGUCUCUAUUCUGCUCCUGUUUCCUGGCUGAUCCCCUGAAUAAAUCAUCCUACAAAUACGAAGGCUGGUGUGGGAGACAGUGUAGGAGGAAAGGUCAAAGCCAGCGGAAAGACAGUGCGGACUGGAGAGAAAGAAGAGAACAGGCAGACACGGUGGACCUGAACUGGUGCGUCAUCUCUGACAUGGAAGUGAUUGAGCUGAACAAGUGCACUUCGGGCCAGUCCUUCGAAGUCAUCCUGAAGCCACCCUCCUUCGAUGGGGUGCCCGAGUUCAAUGCCUCCCUCCCUCGGCGGCGAGACCCGUCACUUGAAGAGAUCCAGAAGAAGCUGGAAGCUGCCGAGGAGCGAAGGAAGUACCAGGAAGCUGAGCUCCUGAAGCACCUGGCAGAGAAACGAGAGCACGAGCGAGAAGUGAUCCAGAAAGCCAUUGAGGAAAACAACAACUUCAUCAAGAUGGCGAAGGAGAAACUGGCUCAGAAGAUGGAGUCCAAUAAGGAGAACCGGGAGGCCCACCUGGCCGCCAUGUUGGAACGGCUGCAAGAGAAGGCGCCGCCUGCUGCGCGGUGACUCCCGGGACCCAUCGCUGGCUUCGUCCCAUGGACAAACACGCGGAGGAGGUGCGGAAAAACAAGGAGCUGAAGGAAGAGGCCUCCAGGUAAAGCCCGGAGGCCCCAGAAGUUCUCAGGACAGCCGGACAGCUCCAGCAGCCCCGCGGUUCCUGCAGCCUGGCCCGCUGGCUGCUCUCCCAACACUGGGGUUUGGGGGGGAGGGAGGGUGGCCAAGGGGCGUUUCCUCUGCUUUCGGUGUUUGUACAUGUAAAGAUUGACCAGUGAAGCCAUCCUAUUUGUUUCUGGGGAACAACGAUGGGGUGGGACAGGGGGACGGAAGGAGAGAGUGUGGACAAGGAGGCGGAGAAGAGCUUGUGGACAUUGCAACACGACCCACCCACCGCAGACUCAGGCCAAGACCCCCGCUUCUCACAGCCCCGCCUGGACAUCCAGUCUGCAGGUUCCAUGUGGAGAGAAGCGUGAAGUGGGGCCCGAAGUUUGGAGUGAAGAGCAGAGUCCUCUUGGGGCGUGGCUGUAGGGCCCACAGGAUAAGCCCAGCUGGAGGGGGUGGGAGACCCGCCUGCAGUAGAUGGGAUCAGGUCUGUGUGUUGUGUGUGUGUGUGUAUGUGUGUUUGUGAGUGUGUAUGUUGUCAUCUUUUGACCAUCAUGACUAAUGAAACAAUUA